AUGUCCAGCGAGGAGAGCUACCUGGCCAUCCUGCGGUACCUGACCAACGAGCGGGAGCCGUACGCGCCGGGCACGGAGGGCAACGCCAAGCGGAAGAUCCGCAAGGCCGCCGCCUGCUACGUGGUGCGCGGCGGGACCCUGUACUACCAGCGGCGGCAGCGCGACCAGCAGCGCUUCGCCGAGCUGGAGGUGGUGCUGCAGGCCGAGCGCCGCGCACGCCUCAUCCGCAACGCGCACCUGGCGCCCGACGGCGGGCACCGCACCCGCCUGCAGACAUGGCAGGGGCUCUCGCAGAACUGGUGGAGAGGUAUCCUUAAGCAGGUUAAAGAUUACAUUAAAGAAUGCAGCAAGUGCCAAGAAAAGCUGGAUCGCUCUAGAUCUCUGUCGGAUCCUUCUGAAAUGCUGGGGGAACUAGGACUGGAUGCAAAAUCUCAUGAAGAUAGCAAUGAAACAGAUGAUGAAUUGAGUAACACAGGAUCAAUUCCAGCUGGAUCCCCAAAGCCUGUGAAGAAGAAGCCAAUAGCAAAGCAUGAGCUUGUGUUUGUGGACAGUAAGGGCCUUGUGAAGCAGUCAUCUUCCAAACAUUGUCUGUCAGUCUUAAACCAGCUGAAUCAGCAGAGGCUUUCCAAUCAGUUCUGUGAUGUGACUUUGCUGAUUGAAGGAGAGGAGUACAAAGCUCACAAAUCUGUCUUGGCAGCCAACAGCGAGUACUUCCGAGAGCUCUUCAUUGAAAAGGGAGCUGUCACUAGUCAUGAAGCUGUAGUGGAUCUGUCAGGGUUCUGCAAGUCCAGUUUCCUGCCUCUGUUGGAAUUUGCUUACACUUCAGAACUAACUUUUGACUUCUGUAGCAUGGCAGAAGUGGCCAUGCUUGCCCGGCAUCUCUUCAUGACGGAUGUCCUGGAAAUCUGUGAAAAUGUGCACAAACAGAUGGAAGAGAAACAAAUCACAGUGUACCAAAAGGGAGACAUUCAAACUGUGGAGUCAACACAGAACUUAGCAGAGCAGGCUGAAGUUGAGACACAGCCCACGGAUGGUGCUGAACAGCUUAAGCUCACAGACAGUGAAGUGCCAGUAGCUGUGAACGGAGCUCCUUCUUCUGCUGGGACAGAGGAGGCAGCAGCACCCCAGCCCAACCUCCUGCACCCAGAGCCUCUGGAGGCCACUCCCCAUGAUCUUCCAAAGCCUGUGGAGCAGUGUGAAACAGCUGAGAAUUACAUCAAGAUCCAGCUGAUGGAGAGCAUUUCAAACAACCUCUACGAAAGGUUGGGUGUGGAAAAUGUGGACACAGAGAGUCAAACAGAAGCUGAGGCCGUUCAAAAUGAAAGUGAUAAAGCACAUGUGGACACUGCUGCUGAAGACUCCUCAGAGACACUCACACAAACAAGUAAUGAACAGAGCAUCCCAGUUUCCCCCCAGGAAAACCUUGCUUCCAACCAGGAUGAUACUUACAAGAGCAAGCUUCGCCAGCGUUCUGUCACUGAAGGGGGAUAUAUCAGAUUGCAUAAAGGAAUUGAAAAGAAACUGCAAAGCAGAAAGACAAAUCCUAAAUCUGCAGUACAGCAGGUUGCCAUGAAGCUGGUACAAAGAGGGAAAAAAAUGAAACAACCCAAAAGAGACACCACAGAAAAUAACGAAGUUGAAGCUCAGCACAAGUGCACAGAGUGUGGAAUGGUGUUCCAGCGGCGCUAUGCACUUAUAAUGCACACACUGAAACAUGAAAGAUCUCAAGAAUAUAAAUGUCCUCUGUGUAAGAAGGAAUUCCAGUACGGUGCCUCCCUGCGGGCCCACCUUGUCCGGCACACUCGGAAGAGCGAAGCCAACCCCGCAGCUACGAGUGCAGAAGGGACGGGUGUGUCUGCAGUGAAAGGGAGAACCAAACGGGAAUUCGUGUGUGAUAUCUGUGGGAGAACUCUGCCUAAGCCCUACUCUCUCAGAAUACAUAUGCUCAAACAUACAGGUGUAAAACCACAUGCAUGCAAGGUUUGCGGAAAGACCUUUACAUAUAAGCAUGGAUUAAAAAUGCACUUGGCUCUCCAUGAAGUACAGAAACAGUUCAAGUGUGACUUGUGUGAAAAGUCUUUUGUCACAAAAAGAAGUCUUCAGGAACACAUGAGCAUUCAUACAGGAGAAUCCAAGUAUCUUUGCUCCAUCUGUGGAAAAUCCUUCCACAGGGCAUCAGGGCUCAGUAAACACAUAAAGAAACACCAACCAAAGCCUGAAGUUCGUGGAUAUCAGUGUACUCAGUGUGACAAGAGUUUCUAUGAAGCUCGAGAUCUUCGGCAGCAUAUGAAUAAACAUUUAGGUGUGAAGCCAUUUCAGUGUCAGUUCUGUGGAAAAUGUUACAGCUGGAAGAAAGACUGGUAUUCUCAUGUAAAGUCUCAUUCUGUCACAGACCCUUAUAGGUGUAAUGUAUGUGGAAAAGAAUUUUAUGAGAAGGCUUUGUACAGAAGACAUGUAAAGAAAGCCACACACGGUAAAAAAGGAAGAGCAAAACAAAAUUUGGAACGGGUUUGUGAGCAUUGUGGAAGAAAAUUCACCCAACUCCGGGAAUAUAGGAGACACGUGAACAAUCAUGAAGGUGUGAAGCCCUUUGAGUGUCUGACGUGCGGGGUGGCCUGGGCCGACGCGCGCUCCCUGAAGCGCCACGUGAGGACACACACCGGGGAGCGGCCGUACGUGUGCCCGGUGUGCAACGAGGCCUACAUAGAUGCCCGGACCCUGCGGAAGCACAUGACCAAGUUCCACAGGGACUACAUACCCUGCAAAAUCAUGCUGGAAAAAGAUACUCUUCAGUUUCACAACCAGGGGACGCAGGUGGAGCACGCCAUCAGCAUUUUAGCGGCAGACGUGCAGGAGCAAGAAACCGAGAUUAGCUUUGGUGCUGGUGAGGGUGAGACUGUGGUAGUGACAGGGGAGACGCUUGAAGCCAUCGAAGCAGUUGCAGCUACUGAGGAAUGUACAUCAGUCUCUACUCUUUCUGACCAAAGCAUCAUGCAGGUGGUGAAUUAUGUAUUGGCACAACAGCAAGGACAGAAAAUGGCUGAAGGGACGCAGGCCAUUGAAACUGUAGAAGUAGAAGUGGCCCAUGUUACAACAACAGAGUCCAUUUAGUGUAUGAGAGAGCAUGAAGAGUGAGGUGUUACAAUCUGUGAGAGGCAAGUAUUGAAUGGGUUAUCUGGGGCUUUCAGUGAUGCCUGUUUUCAAACAGUUACUCCUCAGUGCUGAACAUUGUGGUGACAAAAUACUGCACCACGCACUAGAGGGAAAAAGUUAAGAUGCUCCAGUGUGGGCCAAGGCUUUGAAAGCUAAGAUGUCUGUACUGACCAUAACUGAAAGAAAAAAAAAGUUAGAAUAAUGUUUUUUGUGUCAUGGAGUAAGUAUCAUGCUGUAACUUAAAAAUUAAAAGAAAAAAAACAUAUUAAAAGGCUGCACUAAAAACUAGAAAUGCACAGCUAUCGGUAGCUUUCGUUUUUUGUUUUAAUGUGCAUUUCCUCAGGUUUGUGAGCAAAUUACUUCUAUUGGAUUCUGUCUGUUUACUCCCCAAGACAAGGGGGUGUUAGAAUGCUUUGUGCAGCAUGUGCUUCAUGUGACAUACAAAAAAAUUGAGGCUUUUCUAUUUGGGCAGAGGCACCAUUGGCUGUUAGUGAAUCCCAGUUUGAAGAAUUGACUUAAAUUCCGGGUUGGUGGGUGGCAGUCCAAGGUGCAGCAAAACACUGUUAAAAUCUUUUACACAUAAUGGGCAGGGAUCUUCUGAAGGCUGAGGAAGUGGUUCUCCAAGAUGAUUGUGAAUUCAGGUUGACCAGAGGACAGCCUACUGCAGGGAGACUCCUUAGAGAAGUCAACUCCUUUUCAUUUGUAAGGGAGGAGCUUUCCCUGCAGCCUCCGUGCACAGCCGUGUUCAGGUCAAUGUUUGGUUGUCUAAAGGAAGCUGUCGCCAGCACUGGUGUCUGUACCCAAAGCAGGCAGCCUAAUGAGGGAUGUUUCUAGUUUUGCUUUACAUUUAAUGUACAAACUCUCAAGUGAAAAAGGUGUAGCAGCACACUUCUUUGGGAAUGUAAACACGGUGAAGAAGUCCACCUAGUUACGAUCUGAUCUUGUAAGGAGGAGGAGCCUUGCUAAUUCCCAAAUAGGACACACAGCAAUAUCAGGAUAGAGAAAUAGGAAAAUCUUAGUAUGGGGUAAAAAUCAGAUUUGUCUCAAAAUUACCAGUGUCUCUAGACCUUAUUACUGCUGCUGUAAGAAAAUACUUCUAGGGCCAGUUAAUUACCCAGUGUUACACCACAUAGAUGGAAAAAUCCUUACUAGGUGUUUCUGCAACCACGUGUGGCUUGGCCCAAGUUUACAUGUUCCUUAUUUAAUACCACCAACAGUGCACAUCUUGAUGUGUACAAGGUGUGGGUUCU